AUGUACAAAAUAGCCCAUCGCAGUAUGAUAUAUAAGAAAGAUAAACGUAGUUGGAAGAACUUAGAUUGCAUUAGUGAUUUAGAAGGUGACAUAUUUUUAAAAAAAGAUGAUGAAUUUAUUGAGGUUAUUGCCCGAGAUGAAGAUGGUAAUGGACUCUUUUUAUGUGAAAAGUUAAGAUUAAUGACAACAUUGGCAAAGUUUAAGAAACACCACCAAAUACUGGCCCAAAAAAAUUGCAAAAAUAAAACUAGCAACAAGAUAAUUGCAAAGGAGCGAAACAAAGCAUUAUUAGAUGCUGAAAAUCAAGGAGAUCAGUUCUUUCAACAAAUGGAAAAUGAUGAUCUAAUUGAUGGGGAUGGUGAUGUCACUGAUGGAGCUGAUGGUGGUGGUGGAUCUGAUGGUGGUGGUGGAUCUGAUGGUGGUGGUGGAUCUGAUGGUGGUGGUGGAUCUGAUGGUGGUGGUGGAUCUGAUGGUGGUGGUGGAUCUGAUGAAGAUGAUGUUCAAAAUAAUUUAUCGGAUACUGGCGGUAAUAACGGUUUACCAGCAACUUCUCCAGGCAGGCGUCAUCAUUCUCCUUUAUCGCGAGGUGGUAAUGCUUUGCAAUCAAGUAAAGUUUUACGGUCGCUUCAGAAUCUGAACAAAGUUACUGCAGAAAAUAGCAGAAAAAUUGAGCAGUUGAGGAAAGGAGCUAUUACUAAACAAACUCUAGAUGAAGCUUUUAACAGAUAUGCCGACAGAAUGAACAAUGCAAAUAAAGAAAACAAGUUUGGAGCUGAAGAACCUGAAUUCACAGCAGACCAUAAAGUGAAAAUUUUAAACGAUUUCAAUAUGGAUUAUGACUUAUUUUACUUGGCAAUAACUGCUCAGAAAAAUUCAAUUAGAGCAAAAAAAGUUAUGAGACAAUUAUGGCCAAAAGAAGAGCGUAAUCAGUUACUGGUGAAAUUUGAUGAACACCGACCGCAUAUGCGAGUUGUGACGAAAGCAGAGUAUAUGAAAUUACUUGAUAUCCUAAAGAAAUUAGACCAAAUUCAACACAUAAAAGUUUUUUCGCGAAAUGAGUUCCCACAAUAUAAUAUUAAAAGAUGGGUAUCAGAUUGGUUACGAUCAACAAAAUAUGAAGCGAGAAGAGUUCAUCCGAAUCCCUCAGUCUGACCCAGGGCAAAAUUUUAAACGAAUUCUAGCAAUGAUGUCAGAAAAAUUGAUCUCACUAGCAUAAAAUUUAAUUUUUAGUAUUUAUGUUUUAAUUAUUUAAAAUAUUUAAUAAUGUUAAAUGUUAAUGAUACUACUAUUUAAUUAACUAUUGCAUGCCAUCAUUUAAAAUAUUGUGAUAGUUAAGGCCAGGAUUUUUGUCUCAACGAGACAAUAAAUUGUUAAAAUAUUUUAGAUGACGACAAAGAAAUAGUAUGUAAACAAAAAAAAGUUGUAGGAAAUUCAAUUAUCUAAAAAAAAAGUCUCCUAUGAUUUUUUAAUAGACGAAUAUUCACUAUAGUUCACAAUAAUUUCGAAAUUAAGAUAUAUAAUGAGUAAUUUGAUUUUUGAUUAUUUUAUUAGACUCUAAGUGUUGAGAUAACACCACAUUUAUUGGUUUUGAAAAA